UGGGCUUGGAGUGGCUAAAGUAAAAAAAUGGCAGUGCAAGGGCCGUACAAGACUGUAAACACUUUCAUACCUCGUACUGUUUACGUGUAAACCGUUCUAAUCCGAUUCCACAAAUCCCCAUUCCAUUCCAUGGAGUAUACUUUAAAAUAUCCAAUUCAAUAUUCACAAAGUUUGGCUCCAUUUCCGUAACCCAUUCGCUGCGAGUAGCCAAGCAGGCAAGAAAACAGCAGCACCAGUCAUCAAAGCACUGGCACCAAAACCCCACCAAAAUCCAAACACCUGCAUUCCUUUUUUCGUCUCUUCUUCUUCUUCUUCUUCUUUCUGUAUCAAUACAACUCAAAACUUUGCAACACAAACAACCCUUCAACCAUUGAAAUUCCCAAGGCUCAUCCCUGCAAAUCUCUUUCUCUGUGUCUCUUUUUGGGCUGGGAUGGAAUGGAUUACUCAAAAACCUUUUCAAGGAUUGUUUUUGGCACUGUAUUCAGUAUCUAACAAUAUGAAGAAUCUUGGGAGGAUGGGAAUUCGUUAUUUGCACAAACUAAAUGCUGCAAAUGUGCCCAAGGACUUGUUAGAGAGGGGGCAGAAUCGUGUUAUGGAGGCAUCUCUAACCUUUAUCCGUGAGAGAGCUAAGCUCAAGGGAGAACUUUUACGAGCACUAGGAGGAGCUGUAGCAUCAGCAUCCCUUCUUGGAGUUCCUCUAGGGCAUAACUCUUCAUUCCUUCAGGGGCCUGCAUUUGCUCCCCCUCGUAUAAGAGAGGCUAUCUGGUGUGGCAGCACAAACUCCACAACUGAAGAAGGCAAGGAAUUGAAUGAUCCACGAGUAUUAACUGACGUUGGUGAUGUUCCAGUACAAGAGAUCCGAGAUUGUGGUGUAGAUGAUGAUAGAUUAAUGGGUAUCAUAAGUGAGUCAGUCAAGCUAGUAAUGGAAGAAGAUCCAUUGCGCCCUUUGGUAUUGGGUGGGGAUCACUCUAUAUCAUUCCCUGUUGUGAGAGCCGUUUCUGAGAAGCUUGGAGGUCCUGUGGAUAUUCUUCACCUUGAUGCCCAUCCUGAUAUUUAUCAUGCCUUUGAAGGAAACAAAUAUUCUCAUGCAUCUUCUUUUGCACGCAUCAUGGAGGGUGGUUAUGCUCGCCGGCUUUUGCAAGUUGGAAUUAGAUCAAUUACAAAGGAAGGCCGUGAACAAGGAAAAAGAUUUGGUGUGGAGCAAUAUGAGAUGCGAACCUUUUCCAGAGACCGUCACAUAUUGGAGAACUUGAAACUUGGUGAAGGGGUGAAGGGUGUAUACAUUUCAGUAGACGUGGACUCUCUUGAUCCAGCAUUUGCCCCAGGGGUGUCUCACAUUGAGCCUGGAGGCCUCUCUUUCCGCGAUGUUCUCAACAUACUUCACAAUCUUCAGGGUAAUGUUGUUGCUGCAGACGUGGUGGAAUUCAACCCCCAGCGUGAUACUGUUGAUGGGAUGACAGCAAUGGUUGCUGCUAAGCUUGUAAGAGAACUCACUGCAAAGAUGUCAAAGUGAUGAACAGAUGUUGCCAAUAAAGAGCUACACUGAAGCCCAAAAGCUUCAUAAGGGAAGCAGCACACCAAGCAUUUUUCACUCCCUAGUGUUGUAUGAAGAGCAGCUAGCUCGAAAAGGAAUUCAACCGUCACAGUUGCCUGUUACAUUUACUAUUUGGUUGCCAUGUUAAAAUUCAUACAUGCAUUAUAAUCUCCUUCAUUAUUGUGGAGAACAAAAAUAAGAAUGAAUAAUGUCUUCAGUCCAAAUUCUUCUUGUUGAGUUAUUUCUUUCGUUUAAUCCAAAGAGAUCUUCUGCCUUA